AUGGCGCCUGUGCAACCAAGUGUUGGCCCAUCUAGGGAUGAGCCUAGAGUGUUUGGUCUUGACAAGUUCAAUGGUGACAACUUUGCUGAGUGGUCCUUUAGAAUGGAGAACAUUUUUGACCACUAUGACCUGCUGGAGGUAAUGGAAGGAACGGAGAAGCGUCCCGAGAACGACCCGGAGAAGAGCCCGUGGGUGCGGAAGAGCGCACAAGGCUACCUCCUACUUGGGCAAGCGUUGGGGAGCAGCCAAAUCCGUCACAUCAAGCCUUUCCAGCGUGAACCAGAGAAGGGACCAAAGGCAUGGGCUGCUCUCAAGGGUGUACACGCUCCUGCAACAGCGGCGGUAGCUGUGGUGUUGGAACGGCAAAUGGCGACACUACGAAUUGAAGAGGAUGAAGCGGUUGAAGAAGGGGUGCAGAAAUUCUUCGACUUGUUGACGCGGCUUGAGGGAGCUGAUUUGAACUAUAAGGAUUUCCGCCGCCGUGAGUUGGCGAGUGCGGAUGGCGCUGGGGCAGCGAGCAUCGGCCGUGGAUAUGGUCAAGGAAGAGGUAGAGGACGAGGGGGAGGAAGGUUUGAUGGCAGCAACUUCGGCGGAGGCCGCGGGAGUGGCGGUUACGGCAGCGACAACAAGAGCUACGGACGCGGUCGCGGCCGAUUCGACGGCGAGUGUCACUAUUGCCACAAGAGCGGACACAUGUGGCGCGACUGCUACAAACUCCCUGAUGGUUGGACCCCUGCUCAAGGCCAAGAGGGUAGAGGAGCAGGAGGAGGGAGAGGAAGAGGCCGUGGAGGCCGUGGCGGUCGCGGUGGCGGAGCUGCAAACAUGAAGAGCGGAGACAACGACAAGGACCCGAGCAACGAUCGGUACCCGGGUCUAUUCUACUUCGUGUCGACGCAAGUACCGACUGGUCCAGAGAAGGAUGAAGGCUUUGAGGAGCCAGCAGCUGUGGGGAAGGUGACUCUAUACCCUCUGGACUAUUGGGUGAUCGAUAGUGGCGCUACCUAUAGCAUGACACCUCGCCCGGACUUGCUCACCGAACUCGAACCGUCACCGGUGAAGCAUGUCACAUCAGCUUUGGGGCAGCGAGUGGAGGUGAAAGGCAUGGGCAAGGCCAUGUUUAAGGGUGCUGAUGGGAAGAUGGUGGGCCUCAAGAAUGUGCUUUGGGUGCCCAGCCUUGCUGCCAACCUGAUUUCCGUGCGGCGGUUGGCAAAGGCCGGCAUGGACACGAACUCAAAGGGAGCCAAGACCUACACCGCAAGGCUUGGCGAUCGGAUUCUUUGGGACCUUCAUGAGGACAGAGAUGUCUACAACGAGAUGUGGCAGAUCCCUGUGGUCCCAAUGCCUAAGGAGAGGCAAGUGGCAGCAAGCGUCAGCACCAAAGGUGGAGCGGUUGGUAGCGGCGAUUGCGCGGACGGUCGCGCUAAGGAGAAGGAGUCCAAGAAGUGCAAUCUUGGAGGGACCAGCAAGCUUGGUGAACCUAUGGAGAGAGGUGCAGCAGCCAAGGAGCAGCAAAAGGGUGAGGAGAACCCCGAGGCAGCAGCGGAGGAGGACUACGGAGAGAGUAUGUGGGGCGCUAUUGCGAGCGCGGCAUUCUCCAAUCCAACUUCGGCUACGGGGGAGUGUGAUUGGCUCACCUUGCAUCGGCGCAUGGGGCAUGUGGCCCUGCCCAUCUUGCAGCAGCUAGUAAAGAAUGAGAUGGUUGCUGGCAUACGUGUGAAGGGGGAGCCCGAUGAGGUACUUGGCUGCCCGACGUGCAUGCAAGCCAAGUUCACCCGUUUCCUAUUCUCUAGUUCGGAGGCAACGGCUAAGGCACCACUUGAUGAGGUGGUGAUGGACGUGGUGGGCCCCUUGAAGCUUGGAGCUGCUGGAGCUGAGUACUUCCUCACUAUUGUGGACGUCUACACCCGUAUGACUUGGGUGUACGUGCUGGCCAAGAAGAGCGACGUGGCUGAAACGUUGAAGGCGGAUUGGUUCCCGAUGGUGGAGCGGCAACAAGACCGUCUAGUCAAGUCAAUCCGCACCGAUCGAGGGGGAGAGUUCCUGAGCAAGGAGUUUGGGUUGUGGCUGAAGAAGAAUGGUAUUCGGCACUCCCUCACCAUGCCAUACUCCCCUGCAAUGAACGGCAUCGCCGAGCGAGCGAACCGCACAAUCACGGAGGCGGCACGCGGGUUACUCAUUGAAGCCGGGCUACCCGACUAUUUCUGGCCUGAUGUGGUGCGGAGCGCGUGUGUGGCCAAGAACCGAGCCUUGACUCAUGUGGGAGCAGACAAAUGGGUGCCCUAUGUGGAGUGGCUAGGAAGGAAGCCAGGGUUAGAGAUCAAGACGCCAUCUUCGUCAUAG